AUGAGAGAUGAGGCGCAGUACAAUGAAUGCCUGGGGCAAAUAAUAGCUACACCGUUCUCCGUAUGCUGGCUGCUUGCGUUCAACGUGCUCUAUCAAGAUAGAGCAGGUCGACUUAAUCGUGUUGCAGCAUCAACCUUGCUAUCAUCGGUAUAUUCACAGAGCAAGGAGAUCAUUGCAAUAGAUUUCCUGUAUGAUCCCCUGAUUUUGAUAGAUUCAUCUGACAGUCAGAUGGAUACAGACAACCAUCAGACUCCAGCCUCUGCCUCUGCCAAGCGGCCACCGGGCCAUUCUCCAGUCCGGAAAACAUGCAAUGACGUGCCGGGGACAAUCCCAUAUGGCGGCUUGGCCAGCGGGCUGAACGUCCCGUCUGCGAAAAAGAAAUCAUACCCAUUCAAGACUGGCUUGGAAAUUAGCGGACACGUUCAUGGGUCUAAAAGUGUCCCACCAGCUAGUCUGUCUUCCAGCUGCCCAAGGGCCAAGGAUACUUACGGCAUGCAGGCAGCAGCAGCAGCCACAUUCCAGGACUCCGCUGCGAGCACGAAUCAGCAUGUGGCUCAAACCGCAUCCCUGCCAUUGUGUCUCAACGUGGCCGCAUGGCCUGCGGGGCCCUCUGCGCCCUAUGUAGCCUGGUCCUCUAUCCAUGCCGAACAGAUUUCUGCAUUUAACUACAAGAUAAUGGGGGCCAGCCCUCCACGGUCUCUGGUCCCUCGAGGGGUCGUCGACUUCAGGGGAAAGAAUGUUCGUGACGUGUUGAUGAGCUGUCCACAACGCAAGGCUAUGUGUUCUGCGUCCACCACUAAGCUGGAGGGUUUCCAAACCGAGAAAAGUGAUUCCCAGAUGAGUCACCCAAGGGAAGGGCCUGCGCUCGUUGAGGCGAAGUACGCAGUAGUAGAAUUAAGAAUGACUGUUUGGAGAUCGUGGGUGGGGUCAAGUCGUCGCGACUGGCCAACCAUCCAGCUGCAAGCGACUUCCCAAUCCAGAACAGCUGGUGCACGUUUCCACCUUCCUUUAUCAGUCAAAGCUAUGCCACUUCCACUGUUUCACAGCUUUCUCUUCUGCGAAUCUCGCAGACAGACUGAGAAGAACAGCAGCCACUUCGGUCUUGAUAUCACGGUGCAAGUAACAGAAGAGCGCCUACAAGUAAUUUCUCUCCCCGUUUUGUUAUUCGUUGAUGCUGAUCUUUUGACCCUCCAGUACCUCAUAAAGCCUGCGGUGAGAUUCUCCAAGCCUAAGUGCAAUGAGCUCUGCCAUAAUGCCUGUGUCUUGGCCCCUGACUCCAGAGUCCAGGCACGCAUCCACAUCUGCCAGAUCAGUUCGGGCGCUAACCCUGAAUACUGGAGAAUCAGAACGGCCAGCCCCGGAACUUCCGGGAUGCCGUUAAUCUUCCGGCCAACGGUUUCUUUCCCCGAUAGGCAGCAAAGAGUCACCAUCAGAGCUGAGAACAACGGAAAAACAGUGCAGGUGGGGCCAGAGCAGGUGGUGUCGGAGCUAGCAAGGGCUUUAUUCAGAUCUCCCAGUCUGGCGGAUAGCACUAAGAGUUCCUGUCCUGGAGCGGGUACUGUACCCGGUGGUCCAGGAUGCCUGAUCGGGUGCCCCUGGCAUCCAAUGGUCGUAGGCCGGCCAUUCUCCGCAUCUGACAGUCUCUCUGGGGAUGCAUCUUGUGUGUCAUUGGGCAAUCCGAGUGCUGCUUGGUUUGUUAGCGUCGCUUAUCGCGAGAUGAUGCCCGAUAAGGUCGAUGAAGCAGCUGUCGACAUCGAAUUUGAUUGGGAUCGACCAGUGUACUGUCAAUUUGAGCCGCAUGAUCAACCGCCCACGUCGGGAACUAAUUACCACUCUGGGCAUUUCAAGCCAUCUGCGAAAAGUCGAGUGCAAACCAUACAAAUGGGGUCACGAUCAGGGAUGGCUAAUGGUAUACACUGUACUCCGUACUGA